UGUCCUGAAAAUUUUCUUCGAUUCUCACAGAUAUAGGCUUCUGCAAACCUUUCCUGUUCGUCUCCUCUCUCUCUCCUGAGUUUCGGCGGUCUGCCCCAAAUGGCUGCUGCUACGGCUCCGGGUGGUUCAGUGGUUCCAAGGAACCGACAGAGAGGGACGAUGGACGACGAGAACCUCAUCUUCGAGACGAGCCCCGGUGUGGAGGCUAUAUCGAGCUUCGACCAGAUGGGCAUCCGGGACGACCUGCUCCGCGGCAUCUAUGCCUACGGCUUCGAGAAGCCAUCCGCCAUACAGCAGAGGGCCGUCAUGCCCAUCAUUAGCGGACGAGACGUCAUUGCCCAGGCUCAAUCCGGCACCGGCAAGACAUCCAUGAUCGCCCUCGCCGUCUGCCAAAUGGUCGACACCACCUCCCGCGAGGUUCAAGCUUUGAUUUUAUCACCUACAAGAGAACUUGCAUCUCAGACUGAGAAAGUGAUAUUAGCUAUUGGAGAUUACAUCAAUGUGCAAGCACAUGCUUGUAUUGGAGGUAAAAGUCUUGGGGAAGACAUCAGAAAGCUUGAAUAUGGAGUUCAUGUUGUAUCUGGGACGCCAGGCAGAGUUUGUGACAUGAUCAAGAGAAGAACAUUGCGAACCAGGGCUAUUAAAUUGUUGAUCCUUGAUGAAUCUGAUGAGAUGUUGAGCCGCGGGUUUAAAGAUCAGAUAUAUGAUGUCUACAGAUAUCUGCCACCCGAGCUACAGGUUGUCUUAAUAUCUGCAACAAUGCCCAAUGAAAUUCUGGAGAUGACCAGCAAGUUCAUGACUGAUCCGGUCCGUGUGCUUGUCAAGCGUGAUGAGUUGACAUUGGAGGGAAUUAAACAAUUCUUUGUUGCUGUUGAACGUGAAGAGUGGAAAUUCGAUACUCUUUGUGACCUAUAUGAUACCCUUACAAUCACUCAAGCUGUCAUAUUCUGCAACACGAAGCGAAAGGUAGAUUGGUUAACAGAAAAGAUGCGCAGCAACAAUUUCACUGUGUCCUCAAUGCAUGGGGACAUGCCUCAAAAGGAAAGAGAUGCUAUAAUGUCAGAGUUCAGGUCAGGAACAACUCGUGUUCUGAUUACAACAGAUGUAUGGGCUCGUGGACUUGAUGUUCAGCAGGUCUCAUUGGUAAUUAAUUAUGACCUUCCCAAUAAUCGAGAACUUUACAUCCAUCGUAUUGGUCGCUCAGGACGAUUUGGCCGGAAGGGUGUGGCCAUCAACUUCGUUCGCAGUGAUGACAUAAGGAUCUUGAGAGAUAUAGAACAAUAUUACAGUACACAAAUAGAUGAAAUGCCAAUGAAUGUUGCUGAUUUGAUAUGAAUUCUGAUUUGAGAUGAACAAGGACAGGUCAGAAGAAACUCCCGGUCAGCAUUUGUUAGCAUAUGUAGCUUGUAGAAUUUUGUACAAGAUCUGUUUGGGUUGUUAAACGAGCACUUGAACAAGGGCUUGAUUUCUUUUUCCUAUCUCACCUUAUUUUUAUUAAAAUCCAGAGUCUGACUGAGGGAGCAGGUUUUGUUCAAUGAUUUGCAAGGGGAAAUCAAACAGGUUGUGCAUGCUUUGUAUGGCUCAGUGUGGGUAGCUGAUUUUGGUCUACCUUGUGCUUUAUUUGAGAAACUUUCUUUUAUUGCUUA